UACAACACAUUUCUGUGCAGGCAAAACUGAGAGGAGGAGGCAUAAAGUAAACAUGCAACAUAGACUAUCUUCAAUAGGAACUAAUGAUAGAAUGAGUCGUCAGUGUGUUUUCCUGCAACUGUGUAUCUGUUUGCACACACUUUGAAAGUAGCUCAACUUUCUAGACUGUUUGUAAAGCACAUAGAAGUUUAACAGGAGCAUGUUUCACCACCCGCGUAAAGCAUUUGUCUGCAGAGUGGUUCUUCUCCAUGUUCAGUUUAAUAAGCGACUCGUAACGAUGUCAAUACCGAAUCUGUCAGAAGAAAAGUCCCAGCCGCCGAGAAGCAGAAGCAGGUUACAGAUCAAUGCCGAGAGAAGUGACGCGGUGACAGGCAGCAACGACCAGGCUGUGGGAAAGUUCACAGAGGAAGAAAUGGCCAUCCACAGAGUCCACAGAGAGGCAUGUGAGGCAAAGAAGCAGAUGUAUGUCGACCCUUCCAGUGGGUACAAGGUGUUCACUGAGUAUGCCCACCUUCAGAGAGGGAAAUGCUGUGGCAGCGCAUGCAGACAUUGUCCAUAUGGCCAAGUCAACGUGAAGGACCCCGCGAUGAAGAAACAAUUUAAUUCUCUAUUUUAUGUGUAGGCCUAUACUUGACUUGAGGUAAAAUGGGUAUGUGUGCAGAAUGGAACGCCCUCACAUGUUGCUUAUCUUCUGCCUGUCGUUAUUUGGACUACUUGAGAGUCAUUUUUUAGCAGUGUACUAAAUGAUGAAAUAUGGGUAGUGUCUGUGCAAUAUCUACCUCCUAUGAAUCACAACUAUGCUCGGGAUUGUUUUCAUUCUUAUAAGACAGGCAAGUAAGAGAAAGGAUUUGUUCACUAGAACCUCAUGUAAAAUAGUCUUUUUAUCAUGUUUUGGUUUUGCUGUAUUUUUUGUGAUAUUUUUCUCGAGUGUCCAAUGAAAUGCCUUGAGCUUCAUCUUUCGGUGCUCUUUAAGAGUAUUUAAUAUUUUGUGGUAUUCCGCUCCUCUGAUGCAUUUACAAGGGUUGUGGGAGUAUGGAGAUGAAAACUGAAAGAGCAUUUUAGAUCUUCGCCCUCCAGAUAAAGGGCAUAUAAGCGAAAGUAACCGUAGAUAGUCAGAUGGAGUCUUGUGCUCUUUUGCUUUGCAUCUCUUGUUAUUUUUUCUCCCAAAUGUACCACUGCAUGAAUAUUAGCAUCAUUUACACUCCACAAGUGCUCGACUGAACUGUCUACCUUUGACUGAAACACUGUGUUGUUAAAAAUAGGCAGGGGCCAAGGGUCAGCCCUUACACUUGGCUGCUCUGCUUUUACACCACUUGAUGGAAUCAGGCUGUUAACAAACAUGCCAUGGACAUCAACAGCAGCCCUCCCCACCGGACUCGCAGCUCAGCCUCCUGGCAACACUUGGCUACAGCGCAGCUCCCUGCGGCUGCUCUCCUGAGCUGCAGCCUAAUGAACUCCUGGGCCCUCUUAUCCCAGCACUGCAAUAGAUCAGCCCAUGCUUAGACGCACACAUGCAUAGGCAGGCUUACUCCAUCAGAACACCCUGUGGCUCCUAAUAGGCCAAUAUAGAAUAAAGGUUGCACUAAACACCGCACUUUGUAGCCCACAGUAAUAGUACAAGGUAAGGUCAAGCGCUCAUGCAGCACUACCUGUGCGUGCAAGAGAUGUUGAGGAAAGAUGUGCCACUUGAUUUGUGAUUUGUGAGUGCAUGUGGGUAGGCAGCGCGAUGCCUUCAGGCGCUGGCUGUGAACCUGCCACACACACUCGCCUGUCUCCGCCUGAUUGGGCAAACAGCGUCAGGAUGAGAGGAUGUGUCUGCCGCGGAAUUCUGUUGCAGCCGCCUACUGGCGCGGCCACAAUUUUCCUCGGCAGGUGGGUCCCAAAGGCAAGUGCUUAGUGAUCGGAGCAAAGCCCUGUGAGCGGCUACAAGGAGAUUCAUGAUCCCAACAGUGCUGGGGAGGACAGGUUCUCGGGGACGCGUCGUCAGGCGGGAUGAGAGGCGAAUUUAUUUGGUGUUAUUCUAAACCGAGGCAGCGAAGCGUGCGGCAGCAACAUUUCUACAGCGGGACGGUGAAGGUGUCACAGUCAUCAAGUACCUGGGCCCGCUUGCCUGCCGCGGCUCUGCGGGUUUUGCCUAGGGACUUGUCUGUCACAUUAAAGUAGAUGCAUUGCCAUUCAGGGCCUCGGCGGUCCCGCAGCCUGACCAUGAAAUAGGCCAACUUUCAUGUCUGCCUCAUCCCUCCACGUCUUCCCAAUCCAGUGAUGGCACAGUUUGAAAUGUUUUUUUUUUUUUUUUUUUUUAAAUCAUGUUCAACCUAGCAGUUGGUGACUGAGACACAAACAGCACAGCAAUCCCUUGGACAGAUUUAUGGAGAGAUUUACUUGAAAAUCGACCCCCAAACUGGUCAAUCGUCAUAUUAAAGUGUGUUUAGGAACAGUAA